AUGGCUGAUUUUGUUCUUGGUGAUGCUUUUUUAGCACAGGUUUUGGGGACAAAGAUCUCGAAUAGGAUCACUGAGGUCAUGCUUCCGUAUCCUUUGAAGAUGGCCAAGCGAAUCGAAGAAGGUGUCGACUCUAUGAUGGCUACCAUCGACCAGGAGAAAUCUUUCGACCUCGUGCCAUACCAGCGGAUGGCAAACAUUGUCAAAGGUCUCCAAAAGCCGCGCGAGGCCUAA